AUUACCUCGCGAGAAACGACGAGAAGAGGCGAUUUUGGUGCACCUGCGCGAAAUUCACGUACAAUGGCGCCCCUAUUUCCGGAUUGAGGAACAUUUAGGCAGUUGGGCUCACGAAAUGUGCGUCCCGUUGUGUUCAUUCGACACAUCGUAUGCCGAAUUCUCUCGAAUUCUUCUCUCUCGUGUCCUGGAGUUGCUCUUUUGGAAAUGUCCUCCGAGACGCCCAGAGCCAGGUUCUGUGGGACAUCCCCUCGAAAGCGGUUCGGCGAUAAUCGAGAUUCAUUUGGGUCGGGGCCAGGGGAGAGUAGGAGGCGGCUGACGAACGGAACCUCCCAACUGCUCGCUCUCCGUUCCGUUUCGAUACGCACAGGACUCGCGUCCCUCUCUCUUUUUUGUUUUUGGUUUUGUUCCCCGGGCCACUUUUUACGCACACCGAGAUGGAGAAAGUCCACGGCAGGAUGCUCGAAUCCGUGGGUGACAUGCUCGACUUCAGCGACAUGAAGCUCCCGGACGAUGCCUACGCGGCCGCAGGCAUGCCGACGAGCCAGGGGGGCGACGGUUCGGUGUUCCGAGCCUGCGGUAACCUGCUGAACGGUCCGCAAGAGGAGCAGCAGCAGCAGCAGCAGGAGCAGCAGCAGCAGGAGCAGCAGCAGCAGGAGCAGCAGCAGCAGCAGCAGCAGGAGGCUUCGUACGGGCGCGGGAGUGACUUUCUCAAGUGGGAACACUUGGUCAAAGACAACGUGGCGCAGGUCGGAGCCAGCCUGUCGUCCAAGUUCAUCAAGGACGAACAAGAGGCGUCCGUCAUCAUGGAGACGACGCCGUGUCCAGCCUUCGACGACGCGCUCGACGUCUGCUCCCAAGGCGGCCGCAAGCAGCCCCACUUGGGCUUCGCCGCGGCGGGUCCCCGCUCGGCGCACGAGGCUUCGCCGAACUUCCUGGCGCACAUGAACCCCACGGAGCAGAUGGGCCAGAGCCAGCCGAGGCCCGAGUGCCGCGGAGGCAUCGCCGGCAAGGGCGCCGCCUUCCACCCGGACGCCGGCGACGCAUACCUGGCCCGCUGGCAGGCGCCCGCCGCGGGGCCGGCGGGUGACGCGCACUUCUGGUGCCAAGCGCCCGGGGGCACGGAGGACCCGUUGGGCUACAACGGGGUGCACAGCCAGGCCGUGGCCCAGCGGAACCACACACAUUUCAACGCCUUUGCCGGUAUACCUCCUCAGAGGUGUUGUGUGAUCUGUGGCGACGAGGCCUCCGGGUGCCACUACGGAGUUCUAACCUGUGGCAGCUGCAAGGUGUUUUUUAAAAGAGCUGUGGAAGGCCAUCACAGUUACCUGUGCGCCGGGCGGAAUGAUUGCAUCGUGGACAAGAUCCGGAGGAAAAACUGCCCGGCCUGUCGCCUGCGGAAGUGCUAUCAAGCGGGAAUGAUGCUCGGAGGCAGGAAACUGAAGCGCUUCGGGGCCCUCAAGGCGCUGGGCUUUUCGCCCUCCGCCGUGUUCCCGUCACACUUGUCCGUGUCGGCAGACGGCCGGGCCCUGAGCCCCGCGGCGGCCGUGCCGGGCCUCCAGGACGUGCCGUUCUCCCAGCAGAUCGCCGGCAUCCUGGAGAACAUCGAACCCGAGAUCGUGCUCUCGGGCCACGACGGCACCCAGGCCGACGUCCCCCACGUGCUGCUCAGCAGCCUCAACAAGCUGUGCGAGAAGCAGCUGCUGCGGAUCGUCAAGUGGUCCAAGUCUUUGCCAGGCUUCCGUAAUCUGCACAUCACCGACCAGAUGACGCUUAUCCAGUACUCGUGGAUGAACCUGAUGGUGUUUUCUCUCGGCUGGCGCUCCUUUCAGAACGUCACCAGGGAAUAUAUGUACUUUGCGCCCGACCUCAUUCUAAGUCUUGACCAAAUAAGGAGAUCCCCCAUCCACGACCUGUGCCUGGCCAUCCAGUUCAUCCCGCAGGAGUUCGCCAACCUCCAAGUGACCCGGGAGGAGUACCUCUGCAUGAAGGCUAUCAUCUUGCUCAACAUGGUGCCUCUGGAGGGUCUGAAAAGCCAGGGGGCGUUCGAGGAGAUGCGGCAGAAUUACAUCCGCGAGCUGACCAAGGCCGUCCACGUGAAGGAGAAGAGCAUGGUGGCCAGCUCGCAGCGCUUCUACCACCUCACCAAGCUGUUGGACGCCAUGCACGAAAUAGUGAAGAAGGUCAACCUGUUCUGCCUGAGCACGUUCAUCCAGGCCAACACCAUGAAGGUGGAGUUUCCCGAGAUGAUGACCGAGGUGAUCGCCUCGCAGCUGCCCAAGGUCUUGGCCGGCAUGGUGAGGCCUCUGCUCUUCCACCCCAAGUGACCCCACGUUUCCUGGAUCUUUUUUUCUAUCUUCGAGUGAAAAUCUUUCGCCAAAACUGCCUCGAGUGCUCCUCCUGCCUUUGUAAUCUUACCGUUUGGGAUCAAUCGAAAACAAUCAAUCAAUAAACGUGCACUCACAGUAAAAAAGAUCAUCUUAAUGACUGACGCACCCUUUGAGACUAUUUUGGAUUUGGUUUUUUUUUUUCUUUAGAAGGAUGAAAAUGCAGGAGGCAUAGUAAACACAAAAAAUCUUGAGUAUGCUCGAAUGUAGACCGUCUGGAGCACCGGUGUCAAUCUGCGGCCAGCCAUGUCGUUUUAUGUGGCCAGCGAAAGCAAUUCAAGUGAUUCUACUUUGUGUUUCUUGCUAAAUUGAUUUGUUCUUUUAUUAUGACAGAAAAUGCCGAAUAGCAAAAGUGCUCUAGUCAUUUUUAACUUACUGUCACAAGAUCCAUAAAAAUAGCAACGCGCUUUCUAAAUGUAGAUUCCCAGUCAUCCAGGACAUGCAACUACAAUCUUCCUUUGUUGAAUCUUCUUAUUUCUUGUUCACCGAAAACGGUCAAAUAAGUCUUUAAUAAGACAAUUAGACUGACGCUAUCGACUUCAAACUGGAUGACUGAGAAUCUACACAGACAUUUAGAAAACAAAAAAAAAACACAAUUUUAGCAAGCACAUUGCUAUUUUUUUUUUUUCAUGUUAUGUCAGUAAGUUAAAAAUGGCUGAGGCAAUUAUGCUAUUAGGCUAACAAUAAAUAAUAUGAAGAGUUGUAAAGAGACGUUUGACGUUGCUGUUAUGUAAAAGCAAGAGGGCAGGACUGGAAGAAUUGUUAUUUUUACUUAAUUUAAUGAAUCACUUUCGUGGGGGCCUCAACAUGCCAGAAAAGUCAUACAUUUUUGUAAAAUUCCCAUUUUAGCAGUCCAGAGGCAGCCACGCCCCUUGAAAAGUUGGAAAAUCAGUCCCCUACACCAGUUCCACCCAUCCACGCAAAAAAACAAAUAUGGUGGAUGUAUUUAUCGUAAGACAAUGGAUGGGUAUAAUAAUAAUAAAAAGUUGCAAUAACCAAUGCACAUAACAGGAAGUCGGCCAUUUUGGGCAAAUUCCAGGGCAGGUCACUUUUGACAAACUCUUAAAAAUUUUAGAUGCAAAAUUUCCAAGCUUUUUUUCCAUCACAGGAUGUAAAAAGUAGAUCUAAUGUGGGCACACAGUACCAGCAAUGUUUGACGAUCAUUUGCUGCUUGGUCACGAAGAGGCAGUACGAGGGCCCGUUCUUCAUCUUUUCAUUGUAAUGAUCACUAAUGUAUAAUUGUCAGUGUUUUGUGAAAACAUUUUUCAUAUUUAAGUGGAAACUGUGUCAAUUAUGCAGCAAAUUUGGAAUUUAUUUUUUUUGGGGGGGUUGAUUCACGUUUGUCAAAAGUGAAAUAUUUGCAGUGCCAAUGUAAAAAGAAUAAAUGAUCUGUGUAAUUUAAAAGGCUACAAAUGUCAUCAGUCAUACUGCAAAAAGAGACAUUUUAAAGGUGAUGAACAGGCCCAGUUUAAUAAUACUUAAAACUAUAAAUACUAUUUAUGUUAUCAAAUUCAAGUUUUAAAGGAUACAUUUUGUUUUAUGAGAUCGAUUGAAGAUUUUCAUUCAAAAAUGUCCCCCCAUGAUAAAAAUAGUGUAAUGUUGUUGAAAUGUUUUUGUACAAUUUCCUACUUAGUUAUAACACGCUGAAAAAAGAAAGAAAAAAAAAAAACACCUCAGUUCCCAUCCUUCAUUAAUCAUUGUGUUUAUUUAUAAAGGUGUAAAUGCACUGUGGAGACAGUAGUUGCUUGCAGAGGAAUCGACCCCCCCACACACAUAGAAAUGUUACACAAUGCGGGACAUGUUUAGAAUUUCCGCAACUCCCCACUUGAAGGGAGUUUUCUCAUUAUUAUUCCUACGCCACUCAAAACCAAGGCCACCUGACAUUCUCCGAAUACAGUUUCAGCCUCUCCUUCCCAGGAGUACAGUAACUCGUCAGUUUGUGCUAACUGAACGUUUUUGUCCCCCCCCCCCCCCCAAACCACUGAAACAGCUAAAACAAUCACAUUAAUAGUAAUAAUAACAACAUAAAGUAUGCUGGUAUACCAGCACACACAUUGGAAGGUGAAGUCAUGAAAGUAUAGCAUCUACAGCCCCAAUUCCAAUGAAGUUGGGAUGUUGUAUUAAACAGAAUACAAUGAUUUGCAAAUCAUGUUCGACCUAUAUUUAAUUGAAUACACUACAAAGACAAGAUAUUUCAUGUUCAAACUGAUAAACUAUAAUAAUCAUGAACUUAGAAUUUUAUGGCUGCAACACGUUCCCAAAAAGCUGGGACAGGUGGCAAAAAAAGUUGAGGAAUGCUCAUCAAACACCUGUUUGGAACAUCCCACAGGUGAACAGGCUAAUGGGGAACAGGUGGGUGCCAUGAUUGGUUAUAAAAGGAGCUUCCCUGAUUGGUCAGUCAUUCACAAGCCAAGAUCGGGCGAGGUUCACCUCUUUGUGAACAAGCGUGUUCCUCAACGAUGCCAGUGACCUUCGAUCCCUCAGGCGGCACCGCAUCAAAAGCCGACAUCAAUGUGUAAAAGAUAUCACCACGUGGGCUCAGGAGCACUUCAGAAAACCAAUGUCAGUAAAUACAGUUCGGCGCUACAUCCGCAAGUGCAACUUGAAACUCUACUAUGCAAAGCAAAAGCCAUGUAUCAACAACACCCAGAAACGUCCGCCGGCUUCUCUGGGCCCGAGCUCAUCUAAGAUGGACCGAUGCAAAGUGGAAAAGUGUUCUGUGGUCCGACGCGUCCACAUUUCAAAUUGUUUUUGGAAAUUGUGGAUGUCGUGUCCUCCGGGCCAAAGAGGAAAAGAACCAUUUGGACUGUUAUGGACGCAAAUUUCAAAAGCCAGCAUCUGUGAUGGUAUGGGGCUGUGUUAGUGCCAAUGGCAUGGGUAACUUACACAUCUGUGAAGGCACCAUUCAUGCUGAAAGGUACAUACAGGUUUUGGAGAAACAUAUGCUGCCAUCCAAGCAACGUCUUUGUCACGGACGCCCCUGCAAGACAAUGCCAAAUCACAUUCUGCACGUGUUACAACAGCGUGGCUUCGUAGUAAAAGAGUGCGGGUACUAGACUGGCCUGCCUGCAGUCCAGACCUGUCUCCCAUUGCAAAUGUGUGGCGCAUUAUGAAGCGUAAAAUAGGACAACGGAGACCCUGGACUGUUGAACAGCUGAAGAGUAACAUCAAGCAAGAGUGGGAAAGAAUUCCACCGACAAAGCUUCAACAAUGAGUGUCCUCAGUUCCCAAACGUUUAUUGAAUGUUGUUGAAAGAAAAGGUGAUGUAACACAGUGGUAAACAUGAGCCUGUCUGUCCCAGCUUUCUUGGAACGUGUUGCAGUUCCUGAUUAUUUGCUAAAAACAAUCAAGUUGAUCAGUUUGAAAAUUCAAUAUCUUGUCUGUGUAGUGUAUUGAAAUUAAAUAUAGGUUGAACGUGAUUUGCAAAUCAUUGUAUUGUGUUUUUAUUUAUGUUUAACACAAUGUCCCAACUUCAUUGCUAUUGGGCUUGUAGAAUAAAUCAGUUUACAACAGGGAUUCUUAAACCCGGGUCUUGGGGGGCAGAGGAAAAAUUUCUCCCCUACAAGGUGUCCCUCUACCCAAAAGGUUUGAGACCCCCUGCUUUACAGGAUAAGUGACUUUGAUUAUUUCUAUGAAUAAUAUAUGGUAGGACAGCAGGAAGUGCACAGCCAGUGUGAUGAUCGCUUUAGGUGUUACAAAAAGGCGUGACUAUUGAGGGUUGCCGACAAAAGCCCCUUAAAAGUCACUCAGUAGUGCCCCUUGGGGAAAAAAAAGGAACAAAAUAGCCCCAAACACUCGUUUCAUUGAUGGGCACAACCUUAGAUGGAUGUGUCUCUCGUAACAGGACACACGAAAAACGCAAUCGUGAUAUGAUCCAAUUUCAUUCAAUUGGUCCACAAAUUAUGAAUUAUUUACAACAAAUAAUGUGGGCUUUUUUUUUUUCAUCUUUUCAAAAGCAGAACAAUGAAAUGCUAUUCCACAAGAUGGGAGAAACUCCAAUGAACCUGUGUAUCCACCUGUUUCCAUUUAUACAACAGAAUAAGAGCUUUGUAUUCAGCUAAACAGGCCUAGAUUUCAUACUGAGUUCAUGAAUACAUUUGUGAGUAAACUGACAUGAGAUCAGAUUUUUGUGUAUGUACUUUUUGUGCCAUUUUUGUUUUGGUGGUAUACUGUGCCAUUUUUUCUAAUGUAUAACAUGCAGCUUAGGAAACAGCGUCUUUGUCAGGUGGGCGACACACAAAACAAAAUGAAGCUUUACGGUCUGUGCCAGUGAUGUCACUCAUGAGCUCCCUCUUGUUGAACUCAAAGGAAUCACUGCCUGAGCACAGUUCAGUUGUAUUUAACUUUUAAACACAUUUGCAGUCAAUCUAUAAUAACUGAUUUUUUUUUUUUUUAACAUUUAGGAACAAUUUUUACAUAACUCGCAAUAUGUUUUAAUUGAGUCAUCUAAGUAGUUUUUUUGUUAUUUUCCUAGAGGCUAUUUAACCGUAGUGUUACUGUCCUGUCUUGUAAUUUGUCAUAUAGUACCUUCUCGAGCUUAAAAAAAACAAAAAAAAAAGAGAGCAGACCCACAAAAUAGCCACAGGAACUCGAUGUAAAAUUCACACAGCAAGACGGCCAUUUACAAUUUGCCAUCGGCAGGGUCAAAGUCAAACUUUUUGCCUGAUUGCUCUCAACUUUGAACUAAGACAGAUGGGCGAUGCUAAAUUGACAAGAAUUUGAGUUUUCGAUUGCGGGCGGGCGGAGCAUGGCGGGAAAUGUUGACGGUGUGGGGUGUGAGGUCCCAGUUUUUUUUUUUUUUUUGCCGAGCUCUGUUUUUGCAGAAGAAAAUACAUUAAUCAAAGAUUGUUGAAGAUAUUUCAAGGCAAUAAAACUUGUCAAGUGGUU